AUGGGGAGGGGGGAUGGGAAUGGACCCAUCAACCCACCUCCCUCUCUGCAGCCCUACUCCCUCCUACCCUCUAAAUUCCACCCAGCCCUUUCUUCACCAGCAGCGCCCGAGGAGCGUAGCCCACAACGUCUCCCUUCCCGCAUUUCUUUCCCACAGGUACCCCUGGGCAGCCAGUGCGCGGACAGCGCCCGCAAUGCCACCAUGCCCUGCGGCUUUCUCCCGCAGGGCUUCGCGGAGUUUCCCCACCUGGGGCCCAUGCUCUUCCUGCUGCUGCUGCCCGUGCACCUGGCUACCCUGAGCGGGAACCUGCUCAUCCUGGUGGCCGUGGCCUCAGUGCCCAGCCUGCCGCCCAUGCUACUCUUCCUGCACCAGCUGUCAGCCAUCGAGCUCUGCUACAUGCUGGCGGUGGUGCCCCGCUCCCUGGCCCAGCUGGCCUCGCCAGGCCGCGGCCGAGGCAGCCCCAUCUCCUUCCUGGGCUGCGCUGUUCAGAUGCAGAUGUUUGUGGCUCUGGGCGGGGCCGAGUGCUUCCUGCUGGCCGCUCUGGCCUAUGACCGCUACGUGGCCAUCUGCCACCCGCGGCGCUAUGCGGCUGUGGUGACACCUGGGCUGUGCACGCGGCUAGCCCUGGCCUGCUGCUGCCUCAGGGGACUGGCGGUGUCCGUGGGGCUCAUGGUGGCCGUCUUCAACCUGCCUUUCUGUGGCUCCCACCUGCUAGUGCAUUUCUUCAGCGACAUCACAGCGCUGCUGCACCUGGCCUGCACGCAGAGCUACGCGGAGGAGCUGCGUCUGCUGGGCGCCUGCCUGGUGCUGCUGCUGCGGCCCUCGCUGCUCAUCCUGGCCUUCCAUGGUGCCAUCGCCGCCGCCCUGAGCCGCCUGCGCUCCCCACGCGGCAGGCGCAAGACCGCCUCCACCUGUGCCUCGCACCUGGCCGUCACCUUCCUCCACUAUGGCUGCUCCACCUUCACGUACGUGUGGCCCAAGGCCAGCUACUCCCCACGACAGGAUCGCACGCUGGCGCUGGUCUACACCGACGUCACGCCGCUGUUCUACCCGCUCAUCUACAGCCUGUGCAACGGCAAAAUCACGGCCGCCACCCGCUGGGUGCUGAACCCCAGGGCAGGAUCUGUGUGGGCCAUGAUAGUCGGCAGGGACCAGGCCAGGGGGGCGGCUCUGCUCCCUAAAGUUCCCCCUAUUAGCAGGUGUCUGCACUGA